AUGGUGAGACAUGCUCCUUUUUCUAAUCAGCAAAUCUCAUCACAGGGAGGAAACGUUAUGUAUCGGCUUUUUGCGCUGGUAAUGUUUGCAGCAGUAAAAUGUUUAACCGCUGAACCCACUAUCCGUGGUACUGCUGACCUGGACCCACAUUCAUGGACCUUGCCAGAUGGAACUGAGGCCUUCAAGAUUACAAUUACCAUCAAAAUGCACUACUUUGUCCCAGACGGCUGGAGGAUGGCCUUAAUUUUCACUCAGCCAAUCAAGAAGUUGGAAGUGUGGCGAGCAAAAGUCAUAAAGAUAUCCGCAGAUAAAAAGACGUACGCGCUAAAGAACAUGAAUUUUAAUCCGAGUUUAAAAAGGGGAGACGAAUUGAGGAUGGCUUUGGUGGCUUACAAAGUCAAAAAGGGCAUAAAACCAGGCAAAAUCAUUGUUCUUUUCCAGGGAGGAAACGUCAUACCUGUCCUCCCUACCCUACCCCCGGUAAGUGGAAUCUAUUUUUGUGGGAUCUAAGAAUUUUAUCAGGCUGACUCGAAUCAAACUCGCGAGCAGUUUUAGAUAACUACUGAGAACGAGUCACUUUCCAAGGCCUUCUCGGAAGAAAAGCUUUAAAUAAAAAAAGACGACAAGAUGAAUUACACUGAAUAUAAGUCUUAGUGUCUUAGUUUCGUUCUGCAAGCUUUUUGCUUGACAAAGAUAUUUGGGAAACGUUUUACUGCCACUUAAACUGGCCAUAUGAAGUCAAAUGAAUCACGAUAAAACUAAAAAUGAAGGAUAAACAAUAACCAAACGAUGAAUUAGAGGUAUACGCGAAGAAAAUAUACGGGAGAGGUGAUUUUUAAAGUGCACCUAAUGGCUAAAAGAAUAAUCUCUUUCUUUCUUUUCUUUUUAACUUUUUUUACCAGCCAACUUCAUCAACUCCACCUCCUCCAAUGAUUAAGAUGUAUCAACUGAAACCACACGACGAGUCUGAUUCAAGCUUCAAAAUGAGCAUCAAAUAUGAAGUGCAGGAAACCGUGAAUAACUGGAGAAUAUCGCUCAAGUUCACCAAGAACGUUAGAACUCAACGUUUUAGAAUGGUCAAGGCAAUUAUCUCCAAUGUACAGAAACAACGGACUAGUGACACUUUUUGCCUUGCACCACAGCCUUACAAUAAAAAUUUAAGGGGCAAAUCUCUUUUGCAGCUCGAGCUUCAGUGCGAUAAAGCCAAAUUGUACGAAGCUGCACCAAACGCGUUUUUUGUUUUUCACCCCGACGCCACGAAAUGCGAAGAUUUUGAUCUCCCUGAUAGCGUACCUGCGCCGGUGAUGCCGCAAGAAAGCCCAGCGGUAGUUCUGACACAGCAGUGGCCGCCGAACAACUUUAAAAUGAAGUUCGACGUUCAGGUCAUCAAUUCUGUCCGAGGGGGCUGGAAAAUGAUCUUAAAAUUCACCAAGCCUGUGGCACAAAUCUCCAACCUGAAUGCAGCGAAGGUCGCUGGCAAGUCUAAAGACCGACUAACCUACUAUAUUGAGAAUUUUCCGGGACAGAUACAGUACGCCAACUUGCAGCAAUGCCAGAAAAUCCCCAUUGAACUGGUCGGAAGACUGGUAACUAGUAGUGAGAUCGCCUCGUCUCCAAGCGAGAAGCCGCUGACCGCUUCUGUGAAGUUUGUAAGAAAAGAGCCGGAAUACGCGGAGAUUAAUACCCUAGGGAAAUGCCCAACAGCUUCUCGUUAAGGAUCCCCGAUAUUACAACAGAUGAACUAUAGUGGCAUUCAUCUUUUAGCAAUGAGAUGUAGCCAAAGGCCAUAAAAAUGUAAUUUUCUCAAUAUCAAUUUGAAACUGUAGUUUGUUAGCCUGCGAGUGCAGACUUCUCCUUUUCCUUUCUUGUUCGCGGAAAGGAAUCCCUUUUGCGCGUGCAACAGUGGAAAUAGUAGAUGCCUGCAAGCUCGUUUGUAGAAGUUAAGGAUGGAUUAAAUAUGAUCAGGCAUAAAGUUCGAGACAAAAGUUGACUACAGCUCUUGAAGUUUACUUUUAUGUAACUGAUCACAGGUGUUCGGAAUAGACGUCCGCUAAACUCUGCUGGGUACUCGAUAUCACAAGUCACAGAAGGGGAGGAGUCCAAGUUAAAAUGA